GACUUUGUCUGAAUCUGUCUCCCCAAACUCUCUGGAGGCCUGGGGGAGGUGUGAAGAGGAGAGGAGAGCUCAGAAUGGAGCAAACCGGGGAUCAGGACCAAGCGUGUCGGCCAGGACUUUUCCUUCGUCGGUUCUUGGCAAUGAUCAGGGGGCGGAGGCGGCAGAUCCAAUCCGGAUGGACCUGAGAGGACAAGGAGGAAGGGAGGCGCAGGAAUCACCGAGGUUCUGAUGAACAGGCCUCAUGCCCGAAAUGCCCUGGGGAAGGUCUUCGUCAGUGAGCUUCUGGAGGCUCUGGCCCAGCUUCGGGAAGACCAGCAAGUUCGUGUCCUGAUCUUCAGAAGUGCAGUGAAGGGUGUGUUCUGUGCAGGUGCAGACCUGAAGGAACGGGAGCAAAUGAGUGCUGUGGAGGUGGGGCUCUUUGUCCAGAGGCUCCGAGGCCUGAUGAGUGAGAUUGCAGCCUUCCCUGCACCCACUAUUGCAGCCAUGGAUGGGUUUGCCUUGGGUGGGGGCCUGGAACUUGCCCUGGCCUGUGACCUCCGAAUAGCAGCUUCCUCAGCUGUCAUGGGGCUAAUUGAGACCACUCGAGGACUUCUCCCAGGAGCAGGAGGGACUCAGAGGCUGCCUCGCUGCCUGGGCGUGGCCCUCGCGAAGGAGCUCAUCUUCACAGGCCGGAGACUGAAUGGGAUGCAGGCCCAUGAAUUGGGCCUGGUAAAUCACACCGUGGCUCAGAAUGAGGAGGGCAAUGCUGCCUACCACCGGGCGCUAACACUAGCUCAGGAGAUCCUGCCCCAGGCACCCAUUGCUGUGCGACUGGGCAAAGUUGCCAUUGACCGAGGAAUGGAGGUGGACAUUGCAUCAGGGAUGGCCAUUGAACGCAUGUGCUAUGCCCAGAACAUCCCAACCCAGGACCGACUAGAAGGGAUGGCAGCCUUCAGGGAGAAACGACCCCCAAAAUUUGUUGGCAAGUGACCCAGUUAAUUCUAACCGCACACCAUAAAGAAUAGGAUCCACAGGAAAAGUUGGCAGGCUAGCCCUCUUAAGUUCACCUCUGGCCUUUAGUUUCUUCAAGAACAAUGACAGACAGACAGUGAUUGGCAUGGUGCCUAGAACCAAGGUGCUGACCAUGCCACACACUGCUGCCCUCCACAUUGCUCACCUUGGCUAGUCACUAGGAUCCAGGCCUUCCUAGUUUCCUUCACUCAAAUUGGGUCUGUUUCAUUGGCUCUGGUCAUCACAGAGAGCAAUGAGGAGGAAGCCCUCACUUCUUCCCCUCACAGAAUAAACCCAGCCAGGUUUAUUCUGGACAAACCAUUUAACCUCUACAGGUUUUUUGUUUUGUUUUGUUUUUUUCUGAAUCUGGAAACAAUCAAUUGUGGUUACUUAAAAUCCUUGUGUUCAAUAAACAUGCUACAACCUU